ACCCGACAGUUCUACUUCUGGUUAUGUCCCUCCUCUUCCUUCUCAUGCAUAUUUAGGACCUUUUUAUUACAUUAUAUGCACAUAUACAUACAUAUAUGUGUAUAUUAUAGACAUAUACACAUACCUGUAAUGGUCUCUGCUGGGUGAGAUGGGCAUUCGCAGUGUAAAUGUGAAUAAAGUUUGAUUCCUGACCCUCAGAAGUUUAUCACCUAGUAGGAGAGAUAAGGGUGGCCACUGACACGGGUGGGGGCCUCCCAGGCAGAGAGGGGUAACCGGUCACGGAGGCACAGGCCCGGCUUGUUGAGGUCAGGUGGGAAGGUCCUGCUGGAGUUCUGGUCUCAGGCCCCGUCGACCCCUGAGGUCCUGCGGACAUGGCUGCGGCGGCGGUGGCUGGGCUGAUCCCCGUGCUGCACUCUGUGGCCGGCGACAAAUCUGGCUACUACUUUGGACGACAGCUGUGGUUUGGCUUCAUCGCCGUGUACGGGGUGGUGGUGUACGUGGUGCGCCUGCCCUGGACGCCCAUCCACGAGGACUUCUGGUGUCACGGCAACAUCACCCACUCUUGCUUGACUGAGUGUUUUGAAAUGAGUUAUAGUAGUGCCGUCGUGGGGAUUUGGUACUUCUUCUACUUCAUCUUCCUGGCCCUCUUCUUCCUCAUGGAAUUCUUCAUGGCUCAGAUCCGGCACAAGCAGAUCAAGACCAAGUCCGUGGAACAUGUGGAUGAAGUGGAGGAGGGCUCCAUGGUUGGCAUCCAGGAGCUGGCCCCUAGUCCCAAGAAGUCCAUCCUGAACUUCCACCAGGAGAGGAUGCUCUUGCUUUUAUACCUCCUUUACUUCCUCCUCCAGGUCAGUUCCCAGUGUGUGUUUUUAUACUUUCUCGUGCAUCGUCACCUGCCUCUGGUGAGCCAACCCGUGAUUAGCUGCCACAGCAAGUACUGCCCUGGGCCCUAUGUCUGCCUGAUCAGGGGGUCCAUGGAGAAGCAAAUGUCCAUCUACACGCUCAUCACCAUGUCCCUCAUGAUCAUUGUCUUCUGCUUGGGCUUCUUCACGUACAGCAUUCAUCACUACCUCAUAAAGGGGCGUUCAACGCUGAGGGAUUGAGCAGAUGGACAUUCAGAAGUUCUUCCUGAGUUUCCUCUCUCCCGCCUCCACCUGUUGUGUCUGGGGCAGACUCCCCCUGGCUCACCUUCUUGACUUUCCUACUUCCUAAAUAAACAUCUGCUAUUCU